CGACGUCCGACGAUGACUUAGUUGUGCACACGUCGUACGCGAACAUCGCACUUAGUCUGCCUGGGACGAGCGCAUCUGCUCCUCGCGUUUUAUUAAUUAAACAAUAAAAAAUGAAGUUCUAUUUACUAGUGUUUGUUGUAACUGUUCUCAACGUUCAGUGUAGAGCGGGUUUGUUAAAAGGUUUUUUGGGAGGAGCCAUAGAAGUAAAUUCUCAAAUUCAUGGUGCUGCACAUGGCGUUGCUGAUGCCAUUUUGGGAGGAGUUUCUCAAGUUCUGCACCAUCAUCACAAGCCACCGCACAGACAUGAGAAACCUGAGACCGUUGUAGUCGUGGUGGAAGAUGGGCCCGACGACGGCCCACCUGGCCCGGGGUAUGGACGGCCCACUCAAAACGGGUACGAUCCUCCAGUAUACGACAAUCGUCCUUCGCCUAAACCUGGACACCAUCAGCAGCAAGGACAUUAUGGCUACGGCAACCAAGGUCAGAAUUACAACCAAAACGGCAACUGGAAUCAUAAUAACCAAUAUGGAAACCCCGGUAAUCAAUAUGGAAACCCUGGUAACCAAUAUGGAAAACCAAACAACCAAUAUGAGAAUCCUAAUAACCAACAUGGAAAGCCCAACCAGCAAUAUGACAAUCCUGACAACCAGUAUGGAAAGCCCAACAACCAAUACGGGAACCCUAAUCAGUAUGGCAAACCCAACAACCAGUACGGCAACCCUAGUCAGUAUGGCAACCAGAAUAACCCAUACAAUAAACCACCCAAUCAGCACGGAACCGAAGACCAUGACAAUGACGGCAACUUUCAUAAUAAACCAAAUAAUCAAUAUGGAAACCAGAACAGUCAGUACGGAAAACCAAACAGACCGUAUGGAUCUCCAAACACCCAGUACGGAAACAACAAUAACAACUAUGGCAAUACCAACAAUCAAAAUGAAUAUCCCAACAACCAAAACGGUAACUUCAACAACCAAUUUGGUAAUCCUGGCAACCAAAACGGCAACUUCAACAAUGAAUUCGGAAAGCCUAAUCAAAAUAAUGGAUACAACAAUCGACCAGCUUUUGACAAACCAAACCAAGGAGGAUAUCAGGAUCAUAGUUACAAACCUGAGGUAAACAAGCCUUUUGAGAGUACCACAAAAGCCCCCACAAGCUCCAGUUAUGGAUAUAACAGCCAGAAACCAAAUAACAAUGGCGGUAAUUUGGAUGAAAAUAGCCCAGAACUGUCUACGAAAAAACCUAUAAAAGAUGAUGAGUAUCCUCUAUUUGUGCCACUCGGACCCAAUGACUAUGUUUACGGCGGUGACAAAAUACAAGUCAAUGCCCCCAAAAGAGAAACAGAUAACAGUAAACCAACCGAUGAAGACGAAGAUCUGCCUUUAGAUGUAAGGAUAAAAAACCCGUAAACAUAUAAAUAAGUAGUCUCUAGAUCUAAGUCAAAGUGUAUUUUAAAAUAAAAAAAAAUGUUAAUUACUUUAAAAACUU